ACAAGGGGGUUGUCCUCACUUCUCUCUGGCAUACUCAAGGGAGAACCUGCAUAUAAAUAUCGAUAUUUUCUGUCCAGCUCUCCUCGUUUCCCAUCUGCAAACUCGGUGUAAAAUCUUCUUUUUUUGAACUCUUGAUCAUGGUUGACUUCAACAACUUGGCGAACAUGGCCACAUCUGCAUACAAGCAGUACCAGGAAACUACUUCGGGCGACAGCAGUCGUCGCAACGACAGUGAGAACACUUAUGGUAGCCAGAGCCGUAACGACAGCAACCGUCGCAACGAUGACGACAACAGCUAUGGCAGCGAUCGCCAGAACCAGGGCUACGGCAACCAAGGCCGCAACGACAAUGACAACUACAGUAGCGGCCGUAAUGAGAGCAACCGUCGCAACGAUGGCGACAACAGCUAUGGCAGCGGCCGUCAGGACCAGGGCUACGGCAGCCAGGGCCGCAACGACAACGAUAGCUAUGGCAGCGGCCGUAACGACAGCAACCGUCGCAACGAUGAUGACAACAGCUAUAGCAGCGGUCGCCAGAACCAGGGCUACAGCAACCAAGGCCGCAACGACAAUGAUGACUACAGCGGUGGUCGUCAGAACCAGGGCUACGGCAGCCAGGGCCGCAACGACAAUGACAACUACAGUAGCAGCCGUAACGAUAGCAACCGUCGCAACGAUGACGACAACAGCUAUACCAGCGGUCGCCAGAACCAGGGCUACAGCAACCAAGGCCGUAACGACAACGAUAGCUAUGGCAGCGGCCAAAACGAGAAUAGCUACGGGGGAGACAACAACAACGGCCCCAAGCCCAGCAACUACCAUGGUGGCAGCAGCUCUGGAAACAACGGCCGUAAUGAUGACUACAGUGGCAGCCAGGGCAACAGUGGAAGCCAGGGCAACAGUGGCAGCGCAGGAGGUUUUAACAUUUCGCAGGCUGCGUCGCUGGCUUCAGGGCUCCUUGGUGGUGGCAACAAGAACAGCAGCAGUAACAGCAGCAAUGGCGGCUUCGACAUUGGCCAGGCUGCUUCCCUCGCUUCGUCUUUCCUGGGUGGUCAGCAGAGCCGCAGUGGUGGCGGAAACAAUGACCUGUUCUCGACUGCCUUGAGCCUCGUCAGCGGUGGCGGGUUCAACCAGGGUAAUGCCAGCAAGAGUCAGAUGCUGUCUAGCUUCAGCAGCAUCUUUGGUGGUGGUAACUCAGGCGGCAACAACCUGGCCUCUCAAGGACAGCAGGCCAUGGGUCUGGCUGCUGCGUACAUGGCGUUCCAAAAGUUCUCUGGUGGCGGCAACAACGACAGCAACAACAGCGGCAACAACAACCGUGGCGGCGACCAGAACCAGCUUAUUGGUAUGGCUAUGUCCGAGGCCAAGAAGCUUUUCAACCAGCACUCUGAGGAGGGAGGCAACGCCAACGAAAAGGAGACUCUGGCUACGGCUGCACAGGCAGCAAUGAAGCUGUUCGGCUCUCGCUAGCAUGUUCUGGUUUGAAAUAUAUAUUUUUCUC